AUGAAAUUAAAAAAUCAAAAAUCCAGCGGAUCUUCUGAUUUCCAUGAUUCAAACGAAUCAAAUGAUUCUUCUGAUUGUUAUGAUUCAGAUGAGUCAAGUAAAGCAUCUGGUUUUUAUGAUUCAAACGGAUCAAUUAAAGCUUCUGAUUUUCAUAAUUCGGAUGAAUCAAAUGAAACUUUCGAUUUUCGUGAUUCAGAUGAAUCGAAUGAAAUUUUUGUUCAUGAUCAAGAUGAAUCGAACGACUCUUAUGGUUUUCAUGACUCGGUAGGAACUGACAUUUCAGGAGAGGAUGAAGAAUCAAAUGAAGCUUUCACUUAUCCGGGACCCGCAAAGAGAAAUAAGAACCCGAAACAAAAAGAGCACAUUGGCACUAUUGAUAUUUGGAAUGCAAGAAAAGAUGACGAGAGACAAUUUAAAGAAAAAAAUUAUUGGGAAUUGCCAUUGUUGGGAUCUAGUCCUAUUAAAGAGGCACAUGUUCAAGUUUACGAAUCUUCCACGUCGUCGACUGAUGCUAAUACUGAAGAAUCAUACUUUAAUUUUAAAUCCGAUUUUAACUGGAGCAAAAAUAAAAUUGCAAAGAAAGUUGAGAAAAUUGCAUCUGACAGUUCAGAUGAUUCAGAUAAUCUCUCAACUGAGGAUGAAGAAGAAACCGUUGUAAUGUCAAGUGACGGCUGGUCAAUGAGUCAGACAUCAAUUGAGACACAUCAUAUGGAGUUUAAACAACAAUGUCCGGUAAAAGGUAAAUUGAAUCAAGAAUCAAGUUUAUCAGAACUGUCUCGAUACAAACCACGAAUUGACCAAGAUGAUGAUCCACAACCAUAUUCAGGGAUUUUUAAAAGUUUAAACUUAUCAACACCUACAUACGAACCUGCGGAUGAUUCUUUAUUUGAUCAGACGCAAUUCUCGGUUGCUGAUUUAGAUAUGUGCUCUCGACCAACAACUCCCACCUCUGAAGUUAACAUGUCUCUUGAAGAAUGCAUCGCAUAUUCACGUGAAUUAACUCCAUUUGUAAAUGAUAACGCAUACAACAAAAUUGAUCAAUCUUCUGAAAUAGACUUUGAUGAAGAUGAUUUACAAGAGAAGACUAAAGAUGAGAGCUUGACCGAUUAUUUACAAGAUUUUAGUGGUAACUAUAAUGGAUGGUAUACACCCAUAUGGGAGGUAGAGGAUCCGAUUGCGGACUUGUUUCGACCUUUAUUAGAUGAACCAUGUGUCACUUAG